AUGGCGGCUACACCUUCAUCCAACUCGGCCUCGAGUGCCCAUGACUCGCAUGACUUCCCACCACUUACUAGGGACCUGGCCUUUCCCAAAUCUGACAUCCGAGUCCACCUAAAGGACCACUACAACGCCAAAGUCUAUACAUCUGGAUCGCCUGUGAAGGGCGAGGUUACGAUUGUUACCAAGCGAGAUGUCCACUUCGACUCGAUUCAGAUUGUUCUCAUUGGCAACACCAAGGCCAGCUUUGACGGCAUGAGCUUCCCCCAGGAGAUCACACACACCUUCCUCAAGAUGGUCAUGCCAGUCCCCGAGUCGACAUACCCCCUGCCCAAGGUGUUGGAGACGGGCGGGACCUACACCAUUCCCUUCAACUUUGUUAUUCCUAGCCAGCUCACCAUCAACGCCUGUAACCACAAGCGACUAUCAGAUCAGCUCCAGGAUCACCACGUUUUGCUCCCACCCAGCAUGGGCGGUGGCUGGGAGAAGGACGACAUGGCGCCUCGCAUGACCCGUGUGGAAUACAGCAUCAAAGCUCGCGUCCUGAGGGAAACCGUCUCCUCCACAGGCCCGCGACCAGAGAACACCGCCAUCAAGAAGACGAGAAUCAUGGAGGGGACACGCAACAUCCAGGUCUUGCCAUCAACCCCCGAGGAACCACCCUUGAACAUCACCCCCAAGGACAGACUAUACAGCAUGACCAAGUCCAAAACUUUGCGCAAGAGCUUCAUCCUCUCGACGAAGCUGGGCAAGAUCACCGCCGAAGCCCACCAACCAUCAGCAGCAGUCAUUUCGUCGGACGGGAACAGUCUCGUCUCCCGACCAACAAUGAGAAUCAGCCUGACCUUUGACCCCGAAAACCCCUCCCACAUUGCCUCCCCGCCUCAGAUAACGGGUGUGUCAGGGAAAGUCACGGCUCACACGUUCUUUUCGUCGGGCACGAUUUCUGAUUUUCCUAAUCUGGGAGAGCAGUGGAACACGCCCUACGUCACGGACCGGAGAGGGCAGUUCUUCACCUCUGUCUCUUUGCCCCCCAUUUCUGCUGUUCCCGAAGUGAGCUGGACGCAGAAAAUGAGGAACCAGCGGAGGGAUAGCGGGUACGGGACCGAGUCGUCUUCUUCCCCUGUGGUGGGCAAAGACAAGCAGAAGAGUCCGGUGUAUCUCACGUCCACGGUGGACAUCCCCAUCGGUUUACCGACGGACAAGAAGACUUUUGUGCCGACUUUUCACGGGUGUAUCGCUUCGAGGGUGUACACGUUGUCUUUGUCGCUGAACAUGGCAAUGGCGUUGGAGAAGAGCAAGAAGAGGAGCAGUGGGGGGACGAGGGUGAACUUGACGGUGCCGUUGCAGGUGGCUGUUGAGCAGCCUGGGGCGGCGGUUGCUGGGGGGUUGGGGCAAGAGCUGCCGAGUUUUGAGGAGGCGCAGGCGGAUGAGCACUUGAGGCCGAGGGUGAUUCAGGUUAUGAGUGAGGAGUUGAGGGAGGAGGUGCAGAGGGGGAGGGAUAGUUGGAUGGGUGGUGGUGGUGGGGUGUCGAGUCAGAAUACUGGGAGUUCCUCCUCGGAUGCUUCUUCUGGGACGGAUGGACUGCCUGGUUAUGGGGAUGGUGUUGUGGCCGGGCAGGAUAACGAGCAGGGUCAGGAGCAGGAAGAGGAC